AUGAGGCUGAGAGCACUCGCGAUCCUCGGUGCCGUGGCGCCGGCGCCAGCGGUGCAGCUGCAGGACGUCGCGUCACGCUCCUUUGCGGCGGAGGAGAGGUAUGCGCUGCUUGCCGCAGGCCUUCGGCGAGGGGCGGCCGCCGCCCCCCGGCAGGCAUGCGUGGACGACGACGCGUUGGUGCGGAAGGUUGCAGCAGAGGAGGGCGACACGAUUGCGGGGUGCGCCGAAGCGGUCGGGCGUGGUGCCUGCUCCAACGCCGACACAGCCGCGAUAAUGGCGAGGUUGUGCUGUUCCUCAUGCCUAGUGCAGUCGAAGGCGACGGAGAAGUCGCAGCCACCGGCACCGAGUCUGCCCAAACGCAGAAAUCAGAGUUCGACAACGAGCACACACGUGCAAGCCAUGAAACUUCAGAUUGACGGAGAGGGGCCGGCCGACAGCCAGAGCCGGGACGUGCCCAUUGUCGGCAAUCACAGUGGCGGGCACACGUGCGCAGACGACGACGAGGCAGUGAUUCGAGUGGCUGCAGAGGGGGGCGACAAGAUCACAGGAUGCGCCGAAGCGGUUGGGCGCGGUGCCUGCUCUGACCCCGACACGGCUGCAAUCAUGUCGAAGCUAUGUUGUUCCUCGUGCUUUCCGCAGUCGGACACGAACGGGAAAGCGCAGCCAGCAGCAGCCACAAGCCAGAGCACAAGUGCGCGCAUGGAAAGUAAUCACACUGGCGGGCAGAGGUGCGUGGACGACGACGAGGCAAUAAAGAGAGCAGCUGCCGAGGAGGGAGACAAGAUCGCAGGGUGCGCCGAAGCGGUUGGGCGAGGUGCCUGCUCUAACCCCGACUAUACUGCAGUCAUGGCGAAGCUGUGCUGCUCCUCGUGUUCGUCUCCACACACGCCGGCGACGAAGCGGAUUAUGGACACACGCGCCGAGGUACACACUACCGGGAAGCUUUCGGUGCCGUCGGCGACGAAUCGUAAUGAAGAUAACCGCACAUCGCGAAGUGGUGGUGGCGAUCGAAUUUGCAACGACGACAGCAUUGCCGUUGCUAAAUUUGCCACGCAGCACAACGCCACGAGCAUAACAGGGUGCCGAGAGAUGGCUGGCCAUUGCCACGACACUUUUGUCAGUCGCAUAUGUUGUGCGACUUGUUCCAAAGUUGUGUGCGAGGAUGACCAUUCUGCCAUCACUGAUCUGGCGAGGUCUUAUCCAGCAUCGGUGGUUGCUCGGCAGUUUCGGACAGUUGUGAUGAUCCGUUUGUGA